AUGCCCGUAUCACAGCAUCUGAGGCGAGGCAUCCACGCUGCUUUGCCCAGGAGGGGAACACGUAACGAAGUGCCAUCGUGGUCAGCAACAUGGAUUCUGCAGCAUGACACAGCGGUGUCAUGGGGAACUGCGCGCUGCUCAUGGCCGCCUUUGGCAAGACUCGUCCCCGAGACACGGACGAUCCACUCGUCAACGGCCAGGUCCCGCGCCAGGACACGACCCGACGACAAAGAAGCAGCAAGACCUCUCUCCGAGCUUGCAGAGACGUACAAGAAACAGCUUGUCGUUUUCGGCCUCGGUGUAGCUGUCAUGGGCGCAUACAUCGCCAUGGUCGUCCGCAGCAUGACCAGGGACCCCUGUGCCGACCACCGGGUGGAUGCUCAACAUGGACAGCACGGCGAUGUCCCGUCAGGCCGCCCUCUGGAGUUGCGGUCAGGAAAGAUCACCGCCUCUGCCUUCGACCGUGAGCAGGACUGGAACGAGUGGCUCAUGGGUAUCACCAGCCUGCGGAAACUCAUGGGUGGGCUUGCAAGAGGUCACGUCCUCGAGGUUGCCGUGGGCACGGGCCGGAACAUUGAGUACAUGGACUGGGACGACAUCAAGAACAGUGCCCCGCGCCCCAUGGACGAAGGUAUCGGCUUUGCGCCGAACGCCAAGUCGCUGGAGGAGCUGGAGCGGGAUCGUGUGAAGAGGAGGAUGGAAAAAGGAAAGAAGGGCUUGGUCCUGCCUGGAGACGACGCUCCAGAGGUGUUGAGCUUCACCGGUGUGGACGUAUCCGCUGAUGUGCUGGAGGUGACAUGGACGAAGCUGAAGAAGGCCGUGCCAGAGUUGAUUCCUCGCCGCAGAAGGCAACCGAACGAGGAGCAUCAGGUGCACCAGCAGCAACACCAGCAGCAACACCAGCAGCAACAGGAGCAGGACAAGGCUGCUGAAGAAAAAAAGCCCAUCGCGUUUCGGAACCCGUUGAAAGCCCUGUCUGAAUCCAAGACGCCGGCUCCUGCACGACAUCCUGCGGCUUCUCCAACAGGCCAGUCCGGGGACCAGUCAUUGGCCGCCAACAUUGGCAGUGGUCGGAUCCGUCUGUUCAAGUCGGAUGCUCAAUCCCAACUUCCCUCACCACCAUCCCUACUCGCACCGGAUGCUGCAAGCACCCUUCCCCCACCGCGCUACUUUGAUACCAUUCUCCAGAACUUCGCAAUAUGCAGCGUGGCAGACCCGCAUAAGCUGCUAGCCAACAUGGCCCGCGUACUGAAGCCCGGUUCCGGCCGUAUCUACCUGCUUGAGCACGGACGUGGCCGUUACGACUGGAUCAACCGCGCGCUGGACAAGUUCGCCCCCUCGCACUUUGACAGGUAUGGGUGCUGGUGGAACAGAGACAUCGAGGAGGCUGUGCGCAGGGCCGAGAGGGAGGUGCCUGGUCUCGAGAUCGUCAGGAUAGAGCGACCACUCUGGACACAGGGUGGUACGAUGUACUGGAUCGAGCUGAAGGUCAACCCACAGGAGUGA